CGUGUCUGUAAAGGCUCGCGCGCGCGACAAUGAGGCCGAUUAGCGAUAUGCAUAACACACACGCAUAAAGUAUGCCGAUGACUAUAAAAGAAUGAAAGGAGAAGAAGAAAAAAAAACAACUCGGCAGAGUAUAUCGUGCAGCAAGUAUAAACAACCGAGCGCUACGUCGUCGAGAGUUCGGAGUCGCCGCAGGUUCCGUUCGAUGUAAUAUUAUUAUUUCGCCGCAGCUGCUCUCUCGGUGUGGGGUUUACUUUUUCACUGUCAGCUGAGAAGCAGCAGCAGCAGCAGCAACACUCCACUCGCGUAUACAUAUACGGUAUAUCGCUUGCCGGCUCGCAGGCAGACACUGAUAUUGGCGUUUUUUGCGGCAGACAAACAACAAAACAGAAGGUGUACAGUCGAGCUGCGAAGGCAGUCCAUGAGGUCCAAUAACUUGUAUAGAUAAUCAUUCGUCGUUGUCUUCUUCCUCUGCAAGCCAGAAAUUUGAAUACUCAUUUGUCAAAAUGCGUUUAAUCAUCUGUGAUGAUUCAAAUAAUGUUGCUGAGUGGUCUGCCAAGUAUGUUAUGAAAAGAAUCAAUGACUUCAAGCCAAAUGAAAAUAAAUACUUUGUCCUGGGCUUGCCUACUGGAGGUACCCCUCUUGGAAUGUAUAAAAAACUCAUAGAAUAUUAUAAAGCAGGAAAAAUAUCUUUUAAAUAUGUCAAAACAUUUAACAUGGAUGAAUAUGUCGAUCUGCCCAGAGAUCAUCCAGAGUCGUAUCAUUACUACAUGUUCAAUAACUUUUUCAAGCACAUAGACAUUGAUCCUGCAAAUGUACAUAUUCUUGAUGGUAAUGCGGUAGACUUAGAACAUGAGUGUGAUGAAUUUGAAAGAAAAAUGAAGGAAGCAGGAGGUGUUGAAUUAUUUAUUGGAGGAAUUGGACCUGAUGGCCAUAUAGCAUUUAAUGAACCUGGUUCAUCUCUGAGUUCAAGAACUCGUGUAAAAUCAUUGGCUCAAGAUACUUUGGAAGCUAAUGCACGGUUUUUUGGUAAUGAUAUCAACAAGGUGCCAAAACAGGCCCUUACUGUUGGUGUUGGCACAGUAAUGGAUGCAAAAGAAGUCAUGAUACUUAUAACUGGAUCUCACAAAGCGUUUGCUUUGUAUAAAGCUAUUGAAGAGGGUAUCAAUCAUAUGUGGACGGUAUCAGCAUUCCAGCAGCAUAAAAGAACUCUCAUUAUUUGUGAUGAAGAUGCUACUUUGGAGCUGAGAGUUAAAACUGUUAAAUAUUUCAAGACUUUAUUGGGAGUUCACAACAAACUCGUGGAAGAAGGAAACGCCUACUUGGAUUGAGAUUCCGAUUCUUUUCAUCCAAAAAGAGGAAAGAAACGACAGAGCUUAAAAUGAAAAAAAAUAUUAUUUUAUUUUAUUUUUUCAAAUGUUAUUGAAUGUUAAAAAGAAACGUAAUUUUGCAUUUUAACGAGAUUGCAAUGUUCUGCAAUA